AUGCAAAACAUCUCUUCUGGUGCCACCUUAUUAUUGUUGAUUUGCUCAUUGGCUCUUGUGGGUUUCCUUAAUGCUCAAAGCUGUACCUCAUUCUUUGCCUCUGAUGAUAAUAUUGCACUCUACGGAAAGACUGGUAAUAAGUGUUUAAUAGGAAGUGUUUUCAAUUCCAACUCUUGUAAGAAAAUUUCGGAUAUCUUUACACAAAAGAGAGGAACACAAUGUUCUAAGAGCUCUGACUGCAUCUUGAGUGUAAUGGCUUGUAGAAAUGGAAUUUGUGUAUCCGAAGCUAGAUAUACAGGCGAUAAUUGUAUUUCUGACUCGGAGUGUGUUUUAACUGGAUCCAUGCCUUCAGUUUGUUAUGCUGGAAAGUGUAGAGUUAUGACUGUUGAACAAACUCUCCCAGUUGGUGGAGUAUGCUUUAAGCAAACUAACAAUUACACAAUUUCAACUUGUGUAGCUGAUUCAACCUGUUACAAUUCUGUUUGUAUGGCCACAAACACCAAGACUGCUGUUGGUGCAAAUUGUUCAAUGAUUGAGGAUGGAAAAUUAUCUGUCUGUGGAAGUGGAUUGAUUUGUAGUACAAACCAAUGUGUGGCCACAUUGAAUAUUGGUGAGACAUGUACUAGCGACAAAACAUGUGUUGGCAUCUGUAGAAAAACCUCAGCCUCUGCUGUAGCAUCCACUUGUCAAUCCAAGCUUGCAGCUGCAGGUGAGUAUUGUGUCAGUGAUAAUGAAUGUGGACCAAGUGGAGUUAAGCUCAUGAUGUGCAGAAAUAAUCAAUGUGUCAGAAGAAAUAGCGUCCUAAAUGGAAAGACAUGUUCUGCCAAUGAUGAAUGCUUCAGUGGUUAUUGUAAUAAUACCGUUUGUGCAUCGAUUUCAAAAUCUUGUAAAGUUUCUACAGAUUGUGUUCCUUCAUAUAACACUGUUAAUGAAAUGUCACUUGAAGUUGACUAUUGCCUAUGCCCAGGAUCUAAUAUUACCUCCACUUCAUCAGGAUCCUGCAUGAAGACUACUUGUGAAGGUUUCAGAAUCAAUUUUGAUGCUUGUUUGUGGAAUCAAUAUGGACUUGUAAGGCCAUUCAAGUUGACCAAUGAUAAGAGAACUUUCAUUGAUACUGAAUCAACUCUUUUCAAAGGAAAAUGUGCAAGACAACUCGCUCAAUACUACAAAUGCAUGAACCAAAACUUUGCAGAUGCCAACUAUGUUGUCACUUCUUCUUUCCAAGGUUUAGAUAUGGAUGUUGACAUUGUUCCAUAUGUUGAACAAGUUCAAUUGACUCCAAUUCAACCAGCAAGCUCUGUAAAUUCUGGCUCCUUCAAUUUCAUUUCAGCAAUUGCUUUGGCAGUAUUUGUUGCCAGCAUGUUGAUUCUCCAUUAA